AUGUUUCCUUUUAGGAUCCUAACACUAAUUGGAAUUGUGCUCUACGUAGGAAGUGUAAGUUUAGCCUUCGAUUCCACCUCCGGUCCACUGAGGGUAGAGAUCCGUUACUACUACUCAUUCGGAACGGCUUUCCGACUUUGUAUCGGUGCUUUCGUGCUCAGUGAAUUCUCCGGUGUCUUUGUUGUUCACCUUCUACUUGCUGAAUUGCGACAUUUGCAAAAUCAACACAAGAGCAAAUCCUGCUACUCAGCCAUGAAUAGUGUUUCCAUAGAUAUUCUCUCCUCUUCUAGAAUUCCCACCGCUACAACCUCAGUUGCUCAAAUCUCCCUCACCGAAAACUGCCUUGACAAACCCAACAAAUCCGGUGAUAAUAUGUCCUACCUUACUCUCAAUCGUCGAUCUCAACCCGCAAAAACCAAUCAUAUUCCUGUAGCCAAUCAUGCCAAUAAUGCGCUACGCGUUAAGGUAAUUCCUUAUCGCCGAUCCCCUAUUAGCGGGACAAAAAUCCCCGUUUCAAAAAUUAGCACCCAUAGCAUGGAAUCGUUAGAUCAAGAUUUGAGUAAUAUUGACACAGAUGAACCAGUUCGGUGGGCGCCUGUUAAGCAACGGCGAAUUGUUGAUCAAAUGAAUGGGUCCUUGAAUAGUAUUCAAAAUGCUGCCGUUGGACGUUUAAGGCGAGGUAAUGCAAGAUCGGCUGUCAAUAUAAGAGCAGAGGAAGAAAUCCCUGAUUUAAUGCCUUGUCAUAAAUCAGCCAGAGGUUCUAAACAACUUCUGUACUACUCCUGUCGUGAGUGUGAAGAAAUGGCAAAAAUGAGACAACAACAUCAACGAAAUAAUGGCAACCUAAUGAGUAGGCGGUCUUCUAGUCUUCUUCAUCAAAUGCCGAUUUCUGACAGUUCAUCUACUAAUAGUGAUUCAAUGACACCAUCAAUAUCUGUUUCCUGCUCCUCAUAUUCAGGAAGCGAUGAAAAACUCUCCGAUAAACUUUACUACGAUCAAUCUCCAAGACGAUCCACACCUCGAUCACACUGUAUGCGACCAAGAAUAAUUCCUAUCUCCUCCGCAUCUACGAGUCAACGAAAGAUCUCUCGAUCAACUUUUAGCGAAAGCAAUAAGACUCUUCAAUCUUUAAAUCCCCCUCUACGUGGAGAAGAAACAAAUACCACCUCGGAAUCUGAAAGGAGAGAAACUGAAGUAUCCGCUUCCUCUGGUGUGGUCUGUCGAUGUCCAGAAAAUUAUUCCGGUGGAGGAGAGCAGAUGGUGAAACCACUUGCUGAAAAUCACCCCUUAAGUUCGCGAAAUACCUCCGUUCAAAGACCCAAGAAAUCGGCAAAACCCUAUCAACAAGUUACUUCCAUUUAA